AUUAGCUGGAACAUCAAACCAUCCACCCAGUCUCCAGCUUUAGGCUAGGCCCACGCUGGGGACACGUGGACACGCCCAUAGGCCACGCCCCCAGGCCCAGCCCAGCUCUGUGUGAGAAAAUGGGAACUGACUUCCUGACUGGCCCGGACUUUGCACCGGCAUAAACCUUCGGGCGUGGCUCCUCUCGGAUUGACAGGAUUAUAGACCAAUCACUCUUCACCAACCAUUUUUCUUUACUUUUUUCUCCCUCCCACUUUGGCCUGUUGGGAGGGGCUGUUCCCCGCCCCGCCUCAGUGAGUGACAGUUCUCAGUCCCACCACCCUCCGACGCUGUUGCGUAAUCCUGCAUCCAGGUGCCGCCCUUGGGAAAGGGGGCGGGUUUGAUUGGCAGGAGGGUGGGCCAGCCAUCCCAAUGCUCCCGGAAGAUCGAUCUUGACGGGCAGGUGGAAAGAGAAUCUUGAGGGCUUGACAGUUUGGUGACAGAGAAUUUAAUUUCUUUGCUUGGAAUACACGUUAUGAACCCUUUCUGGAGCAUGUCUACAGGUUCUGCACGCAAGCGAUCUGAUGGUGAAGAGAAGACAGUGACUGGGGACCUGAAAAUUAGUCCGCCACGAACUGCUCCAAAGAAACAGCUGCCUUCUAUUCCUAAAAAUGCUCUGCCGAUAACUAAGCCUACAUCUCCUGCCCCUUCAGCACAGUCAACAAAUGGCACACAUGCCUCUUAUGGACCAUUCUACUUGGAAUAUUCCCUUCUUGCUGAAUUCACCUUGGUUGUGAAGCAGAAGUUACCUGGUGUGUAUGUGCAGCCAUCUUACCGCUCUGCAUUAAUGUGGUUUGGAGUAAUAUUCAUACGGCAUGGACUUUAUCAAGAUGGAGUAUUUAAGUUUACAGUUUAUAUCCCAGAUAACUACCCAGAUGGUGAUUGUCCACGCUUAGUAUUUGAUAUCCCCGUCUUCCACCCGCUAGUUGAUCCUAUCUCAGGUGAAUUGGAUGUGAAGAGAGCAUUUGCAAAAUGGAGGUUGGUAUUUUCUUUCUUAUUGAUAGAAUAUUGCAUGAAGGAGCCUUGGCGCCUUAAAUCUUCCCAUUUCUCUUUUAGGAGAAACCAUAAUCACAUUUGGCAAGUACUGAUGUAUGCACGACGAAUUUUCUACAAGAUUGAUACAACUACCCCUUUGAACCCUGAGGCUGCAGUAUUGUAUGAAAAGGAUAUUCAGCUUUUUAAAAGUAAAGUGGUUGACAGUGUCCAACUAUGCACUACUCAUUUGUUCGAUCAGCCUAAAAUAGAAGAUCCCUAUGCAAUUAGUUUUUCUCCAUGGAAUCCCUCUGUACAUGAUGAUGCUAGAGAGAAGAUGCUGACUCAGAAAAAGAAGCCAGAAGAACAGCAUAGUAAAAAUCUCCAUGUCGCUGGCCUGUCGUGGGUAAAGCCUGGCUCAGUGCAACCUUUCAGUAAAGAGGAGAAAACAGUAACAACUUAAAUGAAUUUCUGAACGUUGGUGCACUGAGCACUUUUCUGCUGAUGAAGGGAGAAGAGCAGGAAGAAGUUUUUCUGCUGGACUCUGGACUAGUUAAGCUGACCAAUGGCCGUGACUAUAAAGAGUAAAACUGCUCGAACAAAGACUGAUUUUUGAUGUUUUACAUAUACAUCUUAGGUUCUAACGGAAUUUUGGAAGACAUCUCUUUAAAUAAUGCAAUACUUCUGUUAGAAGUUUCUUUAGGGUGGUUAUCUAGUUUGAGUACUCCAGAUUAUUGGGGAUUUUUGCAGGGGCUUUUAAACUUAUUUUUCUUCCCAGAAAUAGCCUUUUUAAAAACCUAAUUGGCUGAAAUAUUAGCAGAAAAUCUGAAUCUGAAGGCAAGGUAAGCUACUACAUUCAUUUCAACUAAUAUAGCAGACAGAGUUUAACACUAUUUAAUGGUCUUGAAAUCACUGGUUUCAAUUGUAAAUAUGCUAGAAUAUGGAAUUGUAUAUAGAGCUGGUUUAGUAACUCGGCACUUUUAAGUGAAAGAUAAACUGAGACUGUUAGUCUUAGCCUACUGUUUUACUGAUUAAAUAUAAUUAAUAAUGUCACUGAAGCACACAUUAGUCUGAUGAAAGGAGACCAUAACACUAUGAUUGAUUUGUUUUUGGUGUAUUUUCCCCAAAGCAAACUACGGUUGUAUUUUAAGGGUUAUAUCUUUUGGGGACCUCUAAAUAAAAAGGUUCCUGAUGGGUGUCAUAGGUAUUUUAAUGACACUGAGGUGCCUGCUCUGCUAAGUGUGACUAAUGUGUGUUCAAUAGUGACAAAAUAAAUUGGAAAAAAUAACUUUUUUCUCUUGUCAUUUGUUUCGAUUAUGUGGGAUAAAAAAUUAAACCCAAGGUUUGUCCUGCCUUUUCCCCAACAGAACUAAGAAUCCAAAUAUCAAUUUAUAAAUGCUUUUAUUGAAAAAUACACUUGUAAUAUUUUCAUACAAAAUUACAGUAGCAAUAGGUAAGCAUCUUGACAAUUUUAUAAAUAUUUUUACAGACACUAUUCCAUUUGAAUAGUGCUUAAAAAGUUCCAUAUUUCAGACCUGUAUGAAGUUACUCAGUAACUUGUUUUAUACUAAUUCAAUUUACAACUGAAUUAUAUCUUCCUAAUAGAUUAUUCAACUUUGAAACUGAACAGGAAUGAUUAAUAAAGGUAUAUCAUUCAACUGCUGUUAGCAUUUAAUAUUCCUUAAUUUGUGUAAGCGCGAAAAGUUUGAAUUAGUGAAAAUCUAAAUUCUGAACUCAAUCCAGUUUUUUUCACCUGAAGUUGUCAGGUAUUGUGGCAGCAUAUCCAAAGCUAUUUAGAAAUUUCAAAUUAAUAGCUCCAAGGUUUUUUGGGGGGAUAGCUACCUCCAAAGGCAAGAGAUCAUAAUUUUUCUGAUUAACCUCAUAGGUCAACUUGAUUUGGAAAUUUUAAACUAAAUUUCUGAGAUUGAGCAAAAUUAGAACUCCCCUACCUAAAAAAAGCUAAAGGAAUUCAAGCGCCCACAACUGUCAAACCUAACAGUUUUAAAACACUGCUUGUUUUUAAAAAAAUAAAUACAAAAGGUCAGAUUAAAAAGAAUUUUUAAUGUUUAUCCUGGAGAAAGUCCUGUACUUAAUGUUCACAUUGUAAGAAAGUGCCAUUGCAAGUUUACAGCAAAAAAUAACUCAUCUGGGUUAUAAAAUCAUGCUUUUUACAGCCCUAAAGUGCCACAUCUUAUACAAGUUCACUUUCACACAUUGCACAGAUAUGUAAAAUAAUCACCGUCCACACUGCAAAGUGCCCAAGAAUUUUUAAAAGCCCACCACAUACAAAGUUCUUAAGGGAAUAAGAGAUUAAAUAAUCCUUGAUAGUUUAUGCAUUUUUCUUUUCUGUUAAUUUUCCCUUAGGGUUGCAUAAAUCCUCUAUUCAUG